AGUCUUGUGAUCUAGACAAGUUUUUCCUUUGUUUUUAAGUUCAGGCUGUAAGUGGACAGCUGAAAGGAAAUCCUGUUAGCCUCUGAAUCUUACUUUUUAGAAUCAGUGAACUUCCAGUCACUAUGUGUCACAAUGAUUUUACAGUGCAUUUAAACAUUAUUUUGUAAACUGUACCACUGCAUUUUGUUGCAGUUAGACUGUUAAUGUUACUAAUGUUGGUGACAAUUCCCGUAAACAACUCUCUGUUCCUUACACCUCUACUAGUUGCUCAUGAGAACCAUUCGAUCAUCAAUGGUCAGUUCUAGUUAUUAGUGAUGCAACGAUACACCUAUCCAUUGGUGAAUUGACAAGAUAACGCGACAUUAUGAUGUUCUGAUUCUUCAUGAAUAAAAUAUUUAACACUCAGAAAUAACUGUCUUGUAUGACUCCUUACCCAAGUCCAAGCCCUUUCAGAGCUAUUUUUCAAACAAAGGGACGCGGGAAAGGAGAAAAAGUGCCAUCUUUGCUUUGUAUGCUUUGCGUGCUUUUGGUGACGUAUCUUUCAAGAUGGCGGCCCAAAAGCUUGCACUGUUCCAGUUAGUUCUCAGCUGACACAGUCUUAUGCACCUACAGACAAAACACAUGGCUCGUCACUACCCCGUUGUUUGCAGCUCUUCUUUUCCUGUUAGUUGUAUGUAAUGAUGUAUCAUAUCGUGUAUUGUAUCAUAGCACUUGUAUCAAGAUAUGUAUCGUAUCGUGAGAAAUUGUAUCAUUGCAGCCCUACUACAGUAGUUAUGGACACCUUUUUCAGGUCCAGAUAGUGUCUGCUUUGGAGAGCUUCCACUCUAUUAUAUAUUUUAAAACGUAUGAAUUAAUCAUCAUCACACAUGCAUUGUAUAUUGCAGGAUCGUCUUGAUGGUGAUAUCCACUCUCACUCCAGAACACCCAAAGCUUACAGUAAUGAUGAGGAGAGAAAGGAGGCUUUUGUUGGCAAAAUCAGGGAAGCUUUGAACCUGAUGAGGAACCAACUCUUUGAGGUUCCAUUCAUUGCUAACUAUAGAAAAGAGUACAUUGAGCCUGAACUGAAUAUUGAAGACCUGUGGAAAAUCUGGGAAUGGGAUGAAAAGUGGUGCCAGCUUCGCACUCGUAAAGAGAAUCUCCAUCGUCUAUUUCAAGAAAUGCAGGAUUACCAGUUUAACAAGAUCCAAGAGAGUGGUGACCAGCCUCUUGAAGAUGAUACAAGAAUUUUGCAGGCAGAGGAUAUUGACAGGCUAGAUGAAGUUGAGACCAUGGAACAACUAAAAGAUGUGUACAGUCACUUUAUGUUGUACUACAAAAACGACAUCCCUGCCAUGUGGGAAGUCAAGAGGAAAAAGAGUCAAUCAGCUGAGGGUGAGGAGGCUGAUGGUGAAACAAAAGUCACACCACAAAAACAGAAAAUGCCAGCAAAGCGUGAUCUUUACACUAUAUGUAGACAAGCAGGUGUUAGUGGUUUGGCCAGAAAGUUUGGCUUAACUCCAGAUCAGUUUGGAGAGAACUUGCGUGACAAUUACCAGAGACAUGAGACUCAGCAGCAUCCUCUUGAACCAGACGACACUGCUGAGAAUUACCUUAGCAGUACCUUCUCAACUGUUGAUCAAGUUCUAGAGGCGGCAAGGCACAUGGUGGCCAUGCAGAUUGCUAGAGAUCCUUUAGUUCGACAGUGUGUGAGGCAGACUUUUUAUGAGAGAGCCAAACUCAAGAUAAAACCGACCAAGAGAGGGAAAAAGGAAAUUGAUGAGUCCCACUCCUGCAGUACAUUCAAGUACAUUAAACACAAACCGGUCAAUGACCUUAAAGGCGACCAGUUUCUGCGCAUGUGUAAAGCUGAGGAAGAUGGAUUGCUCACCAUAAGCCUUGGAAUUGACCUGGACAAGAGUGCAGAUACCAGACUUCCAUUUACAACUUACUUUGAUGAAGUCAAGCAGUUAUAUUACAGGGAUGAAUUUAGCCACCUUGUGCAAGAAUGGAACUCGCAGAGAAUAAACGCUUUGUCGCGUGCCUUCAACCAGAUGCUGUAUCCACUUCUUGAAAAAGAACUUAAACUCAAACUCUUACAGGAAGCCAAGAAUUUUGUUGUGAAGUCAUGCUGUCGCCGAUUGAGAUCAUGGGUUGAAGUUGCUCCAUACCAACCUGAGCAGCAUGUAGAUGAUCAGGACUAUGAUGACAACACUAAUUCUGAAGGGCUCCGUGUAUUGGCGUGUUCUAUCUCCGCCAGUCCAGACACACCAGCCUUCCUGGCCAUGCUGGAUGGAGGAGGGCAAGUCAGUGACUACCUCAGGCUGAAGUAUCUACUGAACAGAAGAAAUACGACAAGAGCAAAAGAACGAGAAGACAAGGAAAAAGACAUGCAGACACUGAAGCAGUUUAUACUCAAGAAGCGUCCUCAAGUGGUGGUCGUUUCCGCUGAAUGUCGCGAGACAGUGGCUGUUGUGGAUGACAUAAAAAUGUGCAUAUCAGAGCUCGAGCAAGAGAACCAGAUCCCAACCAUCUCUGUAGAAGCAUUGGAUGGCGAAGUAGCUCGUGUGUUUAUGUCGUCUCCUCGAUCAGAGAAUGAGUUUCGUGAGUACCCCUCCCUGCUGCGUCAUGCAGUGUCUCUAGGCCGCAGGAUUCAGGAUCCGCUGGCUGAGUUCGCUGCGCUGUGUGUUGAGGAAGAUGAACUUCUGUGUUUACGACUGCAUCCGUUCCAGGACCAUGUAUCCAAAGAGCAUCUUGUCAAAAGUCUUCAUCAGGAAUUCGUGACAGUAGUAAAUGACGUAGGAGUUGACCCCAACCGCCUUUUGGAGCAUCCCCACACAGUCGCGCUGUUGCAGUUUGUGUGUGGACUGGGACCCAGGAAGGCGUCAUCUUUAUUGAAGAGUCUACGUCAGCAGUGUACCAGACUGGAGAACCGCUCCCAGCUCGUGACCGUGUGUGGCCUGGGUCCUCAGGUGUUUUUAAACUGCGCAGGCUUCAUUAAGAUUGACACAGCAGCCAUCAGUGACACGACAACGAACUAUAUCGAGGUUCUCGACGGUUCACGAGUUCAUCCGGAGACCUACGAAUGGGCAAAGAAAAUGGCCGUCGACGCGCUGGAAUACGAUGAGGCGACGAUGGAAUCGAACCCAUCAUCCGCUUUGGAAGAAAUUCUCGAGGCUCCCGACAGGUUAAAAGACCUAGAUUUAGACGCGUUUGCGGAAGAGCUGGAACGUCAGGGCUUUGGAAACAAGCGGAUCACGUUAUACGACAUCCGAGACGAGCUGUUUGGCCAGUACCGGGAACGCCGCACGCCGUUCCGUGCUCUGACGGUAGAGGAACGCUUCAGACUGCUAACGGGAGAGACCAAUGAGUCUCUUUACGUGGGCAGGAUGGUGAUAUGUACCGUGACUGGGUUUGCUAACAGAAAACCUCCUCGUGAUAUGAUCGAUCAGGCGCAACCUGUCAGAAAUGACGAGACAGGCCAGUGGCAGUGUCCGUUCUGUUUACAGGAUAACUUCCCUGAUCUGAGCGAGGUGUGGACACAUCUUGAUAACGGGAGCUGUGCUGGUCAGGCGGUGGGUGUUCGUACCAGACUGGAAAGCGGCCUGUCCGGGUUCAUUCCGACCAAGAUGAUAAGCGACAAACAUAUCAGCAGUCCUCACGAGAGAGUCAGGGCUGGAAUGACUCUCCACUGUCGCGUGACACGAGUGAACAUGGAGCGGUUUCAGUUGGACCUGACGUGUCGUUCAUCUGAUCUCGCUGAUAAAGAAGGAAAGUUCAGUCUUCCCAAAGAUUUGUAUUACGAUGAAGAUGCGGCAGACAAUGACAAGAAAGACGAGGAAGCGGCGAAAAAGAAAGCUAACAGACCAAAAUACGUGAAGCGUGUGAUAGUGCAUCCUGCCUUCAAGAACAUCUCAUUCAAGGAGGCAGAGAGGCUCUUAGCUGAAAUGGACCAGGGAGAAUGUAUUGUCCGACCCAGCAGUAAGGGCGCCGAUCACCUUACUGUCACGUGGAAGGUUGAUGAAGGAGUUUACCAGCAUGUGGACGUGCGUGAAGAAGGAAAAGAAAACGCGUUCAGCCUUGGACGAUCACUCUGGAUUGACAGCGAGGAAUUUGAAGAUCUCGAUGAAAUCAUUGCGCGACAUGUUCAACCGAUGGCGUCAUUUGCUCGGGAAAUUCUUAACCACAAGAACUACAGAGCAGUGGACGGAGUCAAAUCCAAGCUGGAAGAAGUUCUUCAUGUGGAGAAAAAGAAAGCCCCACAGAGAAUUCCGUACCUUCUGAGCACAUGCAAGGAGUUCCCGGGGAAGUUCUUCCUGGGGUAUCUUCCCCGUGUCAAGCCCCGGGUAGAGUACAUCAGUGUGACCCCGGACGGAUUCCGGUAUCGAGGAAGAGUGCAUGCCACGUUAAAUGGUCUGUUUAGAUGGUUUAAGGAGCAUUUCAGGGACCCCAUACCUGGUACUCCUCGCCACAGAAUGCCUCACUCCAUGUCCGAAAGCAACACACCCUACACCCCAGGGGGUACCCCCUCCAUUAACUCUGAUGUUGAUCCCGCUCGACUUUUACCUCAGCUUCAACAACAUUUCCCCCGGGGAAUCACCGCCGACCCCAAGGUUUACUCAGCACUGGCCGCAGUUGCUAGGCAACAACAACAGCAGGACACGCAAAAGAAGGCAACAAGCACACAGCUCACGCCUGCGCAGUGGGGCGCCGCCGCAGCCCAGCACAUACAGCGUCAAAACAAACAGCGAGCUCAGCUUCAACAAACACCUACACAGCAAACCCCGACACAGCAGACACCGACGCAACAGGGCUACCAACAAUUUCCACAGUACGGUUACUAUCAGCAGCACCAGGAUCAAACUCCAACUCCGACAACCACUUAUGGAUACCAGCAGACAUACAGCGGCAACAAGGGAACUGGAAAAGAGAGUAGCAAGAGUCGGUAGCGUCCAGUCCCACUCGUCUCUGGGUCGAAGUGUUAACAAAGAUACGUCAUGUGACGGUCUUCAUUUAUUUAAGACUUAAAAUCAGUCUCGGCGAGAAAAGAAAAUCCUGAAAAAAUUCAAAUAGUCUAUUAACUCUUUAGUGGAUUUGUAUUGUACGGGCUGUUUGGAAACGACAUGAACGCAGUGUGCAGUGUAGGAGAGCCACUGCUUAUUAGCUGCUAAUACAGAUUGAUAGCUUGUUAUAGCGACAUGUGACUCAAUUAUGAACAGGUUAUUUCAUCCAAACAACACAGCAAACAAAGUAACUGGAUCAGUUCGUUUGUGAAAAAGUGCCACCUGGCGAUUUUUCAGUAUGACAUAAACCGCACAAUAUAAAAAAAGUGCCAUUGGCCGUAAGGAGUUAUCAAUGAGAAAUCGUUCGAAUGCUAUUCUUGAGUAAAGAGGUUCAUUGCGGUUAUCCGUUGAUUGAAGUACCCUGAAAUGUAAUUGUUUAUGUACAAUCGUAUGUAGUUUAUGUUCCAGGUAACUAAAAUUCUCUCAGCAUGGCGGUGCAAUCUUUUAAGUGAUGGUGUGUAUAUCUAUCCUUGUUGGUAACAUAAGGCGAUUACCUAGAUUUUAUAGAUUUAAUGUUCAUCAAGAGAAUAUUCACUCCAUAUGCGCUGUAACGUUUGUGUGGUAACGAUCUGUUAUACACCAAACUGAAACUGCAGCAAAGAAAUGGAGAGGUGUUUUGUGUCUUGUUCCGUGUGAAAUAGCUCUCGUGUUGAUAUCAAUAUUGCUCUUUGAGUUUUAUAGACAGCAUUAUUGUGUUGUAUUAAUUAAUUAUUUUUGUAAAAUAUUGAUGAUUGUAAGGGCGCUUUGUCUCGGAGAACGAUUUUGUAACUAUAUAAACAUUCUGUUGUAAGAAAAACCACACAAAAAAUGAAUAAAAAUAAAAGA